GGAGCGUCUCGCGGGCCGUAGGAGGAAGAUGGCGGUGGAAUCGCGCGUUACCCAGGAGGAAAUUAAGAAGGAGCCAGAGAAGCCAAUCGACCGCGAGAAGACAUGCCCGCUGCUGCUGCGGGUCUUCACCACCAACAACGGCUGCCACCACCGAAUGGACGAGUUCUCCCGGUGAAACGUACCGUCCAGCAAGUUGCAGAUCUACACUUGGAUGGAUGCAACCUUGAAAGAACUGACAAGCUUAGUAAAAGAAGUCUACCCAGAAGCUAGAAAGAAGGGCACUCACUUCAAUUUUGCAAUCGUUUUUACAGUUGUUAAAAGACCUGGUUAUCGAGUUAAGGAGAUUGGCAGCACCAUGUCUGGCAGAAAGGGGACUGAUGAUUCCAUGACGCUGCAGUCACAGAAGUUCCAGAUAGGAGAUUACUUGGACAUAGCAAUUACCCCUCCAAAUCGGGCACCCCCUCCUUCAGGGCGCAUGAGACCAUAUUAAAUUCUAUUCACUAUUUCUUGAAUUUAUUUUUUGGUCAGUUGUGUGAAAUAAACUUUUCCUUCCCUGAUUAUUGCCAUUAAGCCUUUAAAUUCCAAACAAAUUAUCAUGCAUCAUCUAUUUAGGAAUUAGAUUUGGAUGUGCUAUCGUAUGGUUACUAAUAGAAAGUCCGUAUGUUUCAAGCCCUUCUGUAAAAUAUGAAGAAAAGUGCUCUUAGCAUUCUGUGUAAAACUGUACUGUUAAAUAUAUGUAUGUAAUCAG